AUGAAUGAAAUUUACUCACAAUGUCGAACUUGUUUGACUUCUCUUACCUCGGAAAUGGAUUUAGUUGACCUUUUUGACGGUCGGAUGUUGCAUUUAGUGAUAAAUGAGUUCGUUCCAAGUAUUUUGAUUUCCAAAGAUGAUGGAUUUUCUCAACACAUUUGCUAUGGAUGUCUCGAAGAAAUUCAUCGAUUGUCUCAAUUUCGCCUAAAAUGUGAAGAAAGUAGCAAAAAAUUAACGAAAAUUUAUGAAAUUAGCAAAUUAGAUUUAAUAGAAGAUGAAAAAUUACCAAAAAUUCAACCGGAAACGCAUAAAAAGCUUCAUUGUGAGAGUUGUAAUGACAAAUUCGAAGAUGUUAAUGAGCUUUCGAGACACAUUGAGACCCACAAUUGUCACUCAAGUCGUAAAUGUGAGCUUUGUUGCAUCACCUUUUGUUCGAAAAAGUCUCAACGGAGACACUAUCUCACCGCGAAUCAUCUCUCAAAGACAGGAAAUUACAAAAAUGAAGCAAUUUCAGGCAACAAAUUCCGUCGUCAUGCCUGUCAUCUCUGCCCAAGAGCCUAUUCUCGUGCCGAUCACUUGAAAGAUCAUCUCCGCACACACGAAACUCCUGUUUCGGAUGCCAAAUUUCAGUGUGAUAUCUGUCGAAAGUGCUACAGCAUCAAAUCCGUGUUAAAGGAGCACAUUUUGAGUCAACAUCUGGGCAUCGGAAAGUGUCUUUGUAGCUUUUGUGGCAAGGAAUUCACGUCGCAGGCGAAUCUCAAGCAACAUUUAUUGCGACACACGCAAACGAAAGCCUUUCAAUGUCCCGAUUGUCCGAAGGCGUUCAUCAGCAAAGGCGAGUUAAAGACACAUUUGAGGUCUCAUACGGGAGCGAGACCGUUUGUUUGCAGCGAUUGUGGCAAGGGAUUCAGUAUGAGUUAUUCCCUGUUGAAACAUAAAAGGAUUCACACUGGCGAGAGACCAUAUAUUUGCAGUUAUUGCAAUAAAGCGUUCAAAAUAUUGGAGACUUUGAAGAUUCACACGAGGAUUCAUACGGGAGAGAAACCGUAUUUGUGCAGUUUUUGCCAAAGAGCUUUUACGCAGAAAAACGACAUGAUAAAACACGAAAGAAUCCACCGAGAUCAACGUUUAUAUGGCUGUACGAUAUGCGGAAAGCGUUUCAUCCAACUUUCAACCCUCAAAACUCACAUAAAAGGAGUCCACAAAGGAGAAUCGCUUGUUUUUGCAUCGACCCCAUCACAAGACGUCAUUUAAUUACUUGAGCUGGCUCAAGAAACCUUCCAAUAAAACCUCUUCCUGUA